CAGACCAAACAACUUUUCCAGACUGCACGACUUAACUCCACAUCACGACUCGUCCAGCUGCGCUACGCGGAGAGGCUGAGAUUUAUCAAGAUUGUACGGAGGAAAACAACCGAAUCCCGCUCGUUAUAUACUUUAAAGGAUUUCACUUUGAUUUAAGUGUGUACACAUUUCUUUUUGGCUCUUUAAAUUGUUUUUUUUCCUCCCUUUACGUUACCGCCGCCUCACUGAAAAUUGAGAUGAGGACUUUGUGGUUGUUGUUCCUGGUCGGGCUGGCCAUCAGCGAAAAGAUGCUGGUCUUUUCCCAGUCACUCUCAUUCAUAGGAGAUGACAUUUACAUUGAGGAUCAAACAUCGGGGGACCUCCCAAUAGAUGAUGAAGAUGGGGAUGACUACGGCUCAGGUUCGGGAUCCGGAGAUUAUGACAAAGAAGACAAGGAGACUAUAAACAUCACAGAGUACUUCAAUGUGGCCGAGACCGAAGAAACGCUUCCAACAAAGUCGGCGGUGGACCCUGCUAACAAUCCAACAACCAAAGUAAAGGACGCAGAUACAACAUCGUUCACAAAGGACACCGAAGCGAAGGAGGUGCCGGAUAAGGACCAGGUUGCUGAUUCGGUCACUCAUUCUCCCAGUCUGAGCACCACCUCGGAGCCCGACAGCCCGAAAGAAGCGGAGGAGGACAACAGCCUGGAUAGGUGGGACUCGUCCUCCAAAACCAAAGUCAAAGACAACAAAGACAACAAUGGAGUUCUGACCAAUGAGAUCCCCGAUAGUCAUGGCAGCAGAGUAUAUUACUCUCCUGAUGAUGUAACAUCUGAGAGCAUGUGGGAGAGGACGGAGGUGCUGGCAGCGGUGAUAGCAUGCGUGGUGGUUGGAUUGCUCUGUGCCAUCUCCUUGCUGAUCCUCCUUGCCUACCGCAUGAAGAAGAAGGACGAAGGCAGCUACGAUCUAGGCGACAACAAACUGUCCACAGCAGCUUAUCAAAAAGCGCCCAGCAAGGAGUUUUACGCCUGAACGGACCAAUAGAGACUCAGAAUGGAAACCAGUUUAGACUGAGCAAUGGCCCGAUUCCAUCUUUAUUUUUGCAGUCUAUCUUUACACAUCUCAGUCUCUUGUCGGCACAGUUGUCAGCGUUUGUGAUGGACAUAAGCACACAAGAUGUGUGAAUUAAAUUUACUAUAUUAUUGCAAUCCUCAAUAGCAUCAGUAAGAAAGAAAAGGUCUCGAUAGAGGAUCACAGCCAUUCUAGUCGAAGAAAAGUCUAUUCCACUAUGUGCCUUACAAUCCCACACUGCCUACCUAUGAUGGACUUGCUUCUGCAGCUGAUAAUAAUAUUAAUAACAAGUAAUGAGAAUGUUGGCUGAAACCAAAGAGUGGGACAGCUUUAGUGUGGUUAGAAUGCUCUCAUAAAAAGGUACCAUAUAUGACGAGUUUUCCAAAAGUUUAGUCCUUCCUCCCUUUUUUUGUUCAAGGUCAGAUUUCAUGUGUUGUUACAUUUCAUUUAUUGCUUUUUGCUUUGACUGUAAGAAUGUGUUAGUUUGCAGCCAUGACAAGUGAAUAUCUUAUUCCGUAUGUCCAUUUUUUGGUAUGCGUAAUUUGGUUGCCCUGCAGGUACUUUUUUUUGUCUUAUAAAUCUUUUAUUGUAAUGGUUCAAUAGCAAAUGUCUUUGAGAAUUGUAGCUUGUUUUUGAUGAAGUUUUUUGUAUCGUUUCUUUGGAGAUUUUGAUAUCCCAAUACCGUUUAAAAAAAGAAAACAAUUCCUUUCUGUAUAUUGUCUUUGCACAGACACAGAAUGUCAGCCAUGUCGUGACAUUAUUAAUAUUUACAGGACUAUCUUAUGUGAUGACUGAGUGCAGCAAAGCCAAACCACAUUCCUUUGUGCCUGCCAACUGUAUGCAGCUAUAAUAACAGGUUUGGCCGGUGUUCCGCAAUCCCGAGAGUCUUGGACUUUCUGCACAAAAAGGUAUUUUAGGAAAAAAAACAACUCGGCUGUAGGUUGCCCAUGUUCUAAUGCAGUUCUUUUUACUUAUUCUGGCAUGUAUCUAUCUUGGCAUUUACUCUGAUGCAAAUUGUACGUCGAAAUAUGUUCAUGUUUUGUUUUGAGGAUGUAUUUUGGAGCAGCUAAUUUUGUUUUCAAUUUCCUAUGUUUUCAAAGUUAGCUUGUAGCUUGAACCGCUGAAAAAAUGGGGGAAAAAUUUGUUUGCUAAAACAUGGAGCGUGUUUCUUUAAUAAACCUUCUGUAGUAGAAGGAAAUCAUCUCUUUUCAGGUUUCACUGUUAAAAAAGUGUAGUUUAAUUUCAAGUACAGUACCAUGAUUUUUUUUUUUUUAAACCAGUUUUGUUUCAGUUAAAACUUCGAUUUUAAUUUUUGGUUAGUAGUAGGGGAUGUUUACAAAUUUUCUGUCAACUUGCCAGGCCUUUUUUCAACAUGAUUUGUAGAAAUCCGGUGAAUUACCUACAUUUCAUGGCUAGAAUAAAACAAUGUAAUGAACAUUAA